AUGGCUGUAUUGGAAGAAGGAAUGGCUGGAAAUUGGGACGCUGAACGAGCCAGCCAAGCAAUGGAGUCAGCAGCAUGCUUUGUCAAUCAAUUGAGGGAACUCGAAAAACAAUUCACAACUCCGACUAUUGAAGCUGGUAUCUCGCUAGAGAAUGUACGAACAUGCCUCAAAAAGUACACGAAUAAAAGAAAGACCCGAACUAGGCCCAUCCUCAAAACAGCCAAUAUGGCCUGCCAAUGUUUAUUGAAAACUGGACCUACGAGCAAGGGUCAUGUGACGAAGCUGCCCAGUAUGACAGGCGAAGAAUUUAUAUGCCCAAAAUCCUUGGAUCUCUGCCUGGCCGAAAAAUUAGAAAACUGGCCAUGGGAUAGUGACCGGGUGAAGUUCUACGAGAAGCCAGUGGACAGGAUGAACUGA